AUGGUAGUCAUCGGCAACAUUUACGUGAUUGCCGCUGUCGCGGUCGUCGGCGGCGGCCUCUUCGGGUUUGACAUUUCGUCCUUGUCCGCUCAGCUGGGGGAGCAGUCCUACCUCUGCUACUUCAACCAAGGACCCCACGGGCCUCCUUUUACAGAUGAGAAGUGCUCUGGUCCUCGCGAACUGGUUCAAGGAGGGAUUACCGCUUCAAUGGCCGCCGGGUCUUGGCUUGGCGCGCUCAUUUCUGGACCAGUUUCCGACCGCAUGGGCCGCAAAUACUCCAUCAUGGUUGGCUGUAUUAUUUGGGUGGUUGGUUCCACCAUCUGCUGUGCUGCUCAGAAUAUCGGCAUGCUCAUCGUUGGCCGCAUCAUCAAUGGUCUCUGCGUGGGGAUGGAAUCCGCCCAGGUUCCCGUUUACAUUGCUGAGAUUUCCCCGCCUUCCAAGCGUGGCCGCUUUAUCGGUAUGCAGCAAUGGGCCAUUACCUGGGGCAUUCUGAUCAUGUACUACAUCUCUUAUGGUUGCUCCUUCAUUGGUGGGGAGCAUUACUAUGACUGGGAGACUGGCGCGUUCCGCGUUCCGUGGGGCCUGCAGAUGAUUCCCGCCGUCUUCCUUUUCUUCAUGAUGAUGAUCUUGCCCGAGUCACCUCGUUGGCUGGCGCGAAAGGACCGUUGGGAGGACUGCCGAUCGGUCCUGGCCCUGGUCCACGGCAAGGGCAAUCCCGACCACCCAUUUGUUGCCACAGAGCUCCAGGACAUCAAGGACAUGUGCGAGUUUGAACGUCGGCAUGCCAAUGCCACCUACCUGGAUCUCUUCAAACCCAACAUGAUCAACCGGACUCUUAUCGGCGCUUUCACUCAGAUCUGGUCGCAGCUCACAGGCAUGAAUGUCAUGAUGUACUACAUCUCCAACGUCUUUCGCAUGGCCGGAUACUCGGGCAACGCAAAUCUCCUUGCCUCAUCCAUCAGCUACAUCAUCAACGUCUUCAUGACCAUUCCGGCUCUCCUCUGGGUUGAUCGAUGGGGUCGCCGUCCCACCCUCCUGGUUGGUUCGGUUCUCAUGGCGUUGUGGAUGUAUACAAACAGCGGAAUUCUGGCCGUGCAUGCCGAGAUUGUGCCCGGGGGUAUCGACAACAUUGCAUCCCAGUCCAUGCGACUUACCGGCUCCCCCGCCAAGGGCCUCAUUGCUUGCACCUAUCUGUUUGUUGCCUCGUUUGCCCCGACCUGGGGUCCUGUCUCCUGGACUUACCCACCCGAGCUGUACCCUCUUCGUCUUCGCGGAAAGGGCGUCGCGCUUUCCACGUCGGCAAACUGGGCGUUCAACACAGCUCUUGGUCUCUUUGUGCCCCCGGCCUUUGCCAACAUAAAGUGGAAGACGUACCUCAUCUUUGCCAUCUUCAACACCGUCGCCUUCUUCCACGUCCUGUUUCUCUUCCCGGAGACGGCCGGCAAGACUCUGGAAGAGACCGAGGCCAUGUUUGAGGAUCCCAACGGAAUCAAGUAUCUUGGGACGCCAGCCUGGAAGACGCGAGUCGUCACCAAGUUGACCGACCGUGCCGAGCAUGGCGACGUCGAAGCCAGACGGGAGGCUAAGCACAAGCUGUCUGAUGCCCAUGAACACGAUUUGGAGAAGGCUGCGACGACGAACGCCACGACGACUGCGACGACGGCAACGGCUUAG